CUGGAAUUGUAUUCUCACAUUCGUAAACAAAAUAUUUCAUUCAUAUUUUGUAAAUAGCUGAAAAAGUAAAUUAAUUUAAUAUGGACUAUAAUAUUCAUAAAAUUUGUAGAGUAUGUCUAGAAGAAGGCGCGCUUACUUCCAUAUACAGCACCGAAUUCGCAAUGAUGCCUUGCACAAUGCUGAUGAUGUGUGCCAAGAUAAGGGUUUAUAAAAGUGACGGUUUACCUGCGGUCAUUUGCAAUAAUUGCAUUUACCGUUUAGGUGUGGCGUACCAUUUCAAGCAAGAAUGUGAGAACUCCGACUUGAGAUUGCGGCAAUACCUUGGUUUGCAAGACAGAGGAUAUGGUUUUUGCGAUGCCGAAACAAAUACUGAAUUGCCAGUUGCCUCCUUGAGCAAUAAGACACACACAUACUUAGAACCCGAUUCUGAAGAGGAGUCAGAUGUGGGUGGCGAUGUGAAGAAACGCAAACGCCGCUCACGUUAUCAGCGUAAACCCCCAGAGGAGCAUAAGCGGCGUGGUCCAAAGCCUUUGCCGAAACUACCGCAAACAUGUUAUGAAUGCAAUAAAACGUUCAAGUGCUCCGCGCAAUUGCAAAUGCAUUUACGCACACACACCGGUGAAAAGCCAUUUGGCUGCAGCUAUUGCCCGCGACGUUUUGCACAAAAAUACAAUUUACACAUACACCAGCGCACACACACCGGCGAACGUCCGUUUCAAUGUGAGAUUUGCUCAAAGCAAUUCUCAGCGCUGGGUAACUUUCAAGCGCAUCAAAAGAUACACACCGGCAUACGUGAUCAAUUGUGUCCCGUAUGCCAGAAGGCAUUCUACAGUGCCGGUGAUCUCUCCAAACACAUGGUUACACAUACGCAGCUGAAAAAUCAUCAUUGCGAUGUGUGUGGCAAAUCAUUUAGUCGACAACGUGAUAUGCAGGCGCAUAAACGCAAGCAACAUACGCUACACGAGCGCAGUGAAGAUGACGAGGAUGAGGCAGUCGACACCACCUGUCCGGAUCCGAUAGUUGUGGUGGGUGGUGUCGUGCCAAAUAGCGCACUGCAAGCUACAACUGUGCUGCAGGAAAGUUUCAAAUGUCCCGAUUGCGAUAAGGAAUUCGGUUCGGCGAGCAGUUUAAGCGUACAUUUUCGUGCACACGCGAAUAGUAGUUUGCUAAAUUUACCAUUGACAAGUCAAAUGCCACAUCAUUAUCACGCCACAGCGCCACCACCUCCACCGCCGCCCACACAUACCACACUCACACAUGAUGGUCUGCACGCGCACACACAUCAUUUGUCUUUAAACACCACAUUGCAGCCUAAUCACGCUACACAUAUGACACAUCAUACCACAAUGGCGCAUAUGCUUGCCGCAGCACAGCCACCGCCACCGCCACCACCGUCUGCAGCGUCGGCACAAAGUACUGCAGCGCUGAGUAUGAUGCAUGCCGCACAGCGUUUACAUCCUUUUUAAAAUUAAAUAUUAAUAUUGCUAAUUAAUCACAAAUGUGAUAUUGUAAUCUACAAAGCAGUGGCCGCUGUUUGUUGUUGUUUACAACUGCAAAAGCCACAAUUUCAUAUCAGCUUGCUGAUAAUUUAAGCCAUAACUACAGUCUUUAAUAUAUGUUGUGUGUAUAUUUAUUUUUACGUAUAUAUGUAUAUAUUGAUAAAGUGUAUACAAAUGUGAAAGUUUUCCAUUUAAUUUUACGCACGUAUUGUAAAAUUCAAUAUAAUAAAACGCUAAUACUUAAAUAAAAAAAGUAAUUAUGUGGUAUUAUAAAGUAAAUAAAAUUAAAUUUGGCAAGCACAGCUUCUCUCAUAUUAAUAUUUUUCUUUCAUUUUCUUUGUUUCCACUAACAAUACUACACAAACGCUACUGAAAAUAUGUUUCAAUGCUACAACUAAUAUACAUAUGUAUGUAUGUAUGUUAAAAAAAAACUUUUGGAAUGCAAUAUUUAAUUUAUACUUUACAUUUAGUUUGGAAUAUUUUUAAGUAUUUGGCGUUUUUGGUAUUUCUAUGUUAGGAAUAUUGAAAAAAAAAAUACCUGUACUUAAAAGUAUUUACUGCAUUUACUGCUGGGCGUGUUAUCAGUAUGCUGUUUGUUGCAUAUCCUUUGUAACUUUAGACAUAUGUAUGUAUGUAUGUAUAUAUUUGGUGUAAAAUCGUUGGUAUUUUUGGGUAAGUCCAUGCACAUUAUGUACACCAACGCACAUAUACACAAUAU